AUGUAUGGAAAAUUCAUCAUAGACUUCAUAUAUCCAAAAAAUGAAAGGAACGGGAUGUCGGAGGGCCAAACCUUCGCCUAUCCGUCGUCGUCCACUGGAAAUGUGCACACGGUCACAGAGACUGGAGGAAAGCCCAUUGAAAUAUGGAUCGUGUACCAGCCAAAACUACCCGCUGGAGAGAUUGAUAUGGAUGAACCAGACUCGUGGAAUACCAUCAAAUCGGCCGUCACAUCUGGCGAGAGCAAUUUCAAUUUAGGCUCUUUCAAAACGCCUAUCUCGUCAUUUGCUAGCGAUAAAGAAGCUUGGGACCAUGUGCAGUCUGUGCUGAAUGAGAAGAAGGCCGAGCUGAAGAAGAACACCGAUGUAGAAUUCGAUACGGAAAUUUGGCCUGAUACUGAACAAAAUCUGUCGUAUGCAGUGGUGGUUGGUCCUCAAGACCCUCUAAUUCGUGCUGCAAAGCAUGUGGUGGCAAUGAGGAAAAUAGAUUCUAAAUAG